AUGACAACUGCCAAUUACCUAGUUACUGGCUCAACUAGCGGCCUUGGAGCCUCUGUCCUUGCGACCCUCUACAAAUCCGUCAACGACCCUGCUCAGAUCAUAGCUUCCUCGUCCCGUGCUGAAGCCGCAGACGAGCUCCAGAAAGACUAUCCCGGUACCCAAUUCCGCAUCACUGACUACGACGACCUGUCAGGGUUGGAGAAAGCCUUCAAAGGUGUCGAGCGGUUGUUCUUCGUGUCCACUCCCACCGUAGAUGUAACCAGGAGGGCUCAGCAACACUCAAAUGUUAUUGAGGCAGCCAAGAAAGCUACGGUUGGCCAUGUAUAUUACUCCAGCCUGGCAUUCGGCGGGUACAAAUCGGAUUCAAAGGCUAUUGUGCAGGCUGCACAUCUUAUCACGGAGGAGCAACUGAAAAGGUUUAUUCCGCCCAUUCGCUGCGUUCAACCGUUUCACUUUGAUAUUGAUCCUCCGCUUUCCCCUUUUAGAUCUGGCGUCCCCUAUACCUCUGUGCGCGAAGGCAUCUACGCAGAUGCCUUCCCCAUUUUCUCGGCCUGGUACCCGGACACAACCAUCAUCUACAUCCCCACUGACGGGCUCAUCACCUGGACCCCCCGCACCGAGCUUGGCGAGGCAACCGCCAAACUCAUGCUGCGCGACCCGUCCACCCUCUCCUCCCUCAUCAGAAAUGACGAUAACAUCGCCCUCCUGACUGGUCCCCGUGCGUACACUUUUGCUGACCUCGCCACGACACUAACCCGUGCGACAGGCACGAAGAUUGCGGUGCAGCAAGUCCCGCGGGAUAAGUAUGCGGCUGUUGUGGCGCGAAACGACGCCAAGGAGGGCCGUGGCGGGAAAUCUGCCCGAUUCUGGGAGGUGUGGGCUAGUUUGCUGGAUGCGGUGGGGCAAGGGGAGGCGGCGACAGUGGAUCCGCUGAUGGGGGAGCUUCUAGGGCGCCCACCGCGAGAUGGGAUGGAGUAUAUCGAGGAGCUAGUGAGGGAGGCUGCUCCUCGAGGUGGAUAUACGUGGCAUCAGAAUUAUGAUAUAGGUAGGGAGUAG